UACUUUUAAGUUAAAGUGUCGUUUUAAAAUUUUUAUUUUAUUUUUAUGUAAAAUUAAGAGCCAAUUGGAAAUUUUAUAUAGAAAUUUUUAAAAUUACAAAGUGAAAAUUAGAUACGUUUUAGGACCACCCAGUACAUUAAAAUAAAAAGUAUGACACUCUCUAUGCUUGACACUCUCGUCGAAUCAAGAUAGCGUCUCACGAGCUUUUUUGUCCCUUCCGACGCAUUAUGCAGCCGGAUUAUCAUGGUGCAUUCAAGUGGCGUGCGAAGAAAAUCCUUCACGAUUAGAAAAACUGACAGCACGCCGAGAGGGUUCAAAGUGAGUUGUUGGAUCAAUCUACCGGUUCUUGGACUCUUUCUUUUCUCUUCCCGUCUCAUGCUCGCUCGAUGAGAAAACCAGACGCCACCUACGUCAAGCUCGGAGAUUAUUUUGAGUCCUUUUUCAACCUCUUGAUAGAUUACAUCUCCGCGUGAAGAAACGGCGCCAGUCUAAUGAACAAUUUAUCAUCGCCCGGGUUCGCACCGAAUUUCUUCAAUAUCAAAAAUAUCGCGCCACUGUCGGAUUUCAAAACUGAUGAUGUUAAACACAAGAACUGACAAUGUCACUUCUCCUGACGAAUGAUAUUAAAUCGCGGAAAAUAAAUUGCCGAAGAAAGUGGACAAAGUUAAAAAUGCAUAUUUAUAUACGUAAUGCAGCUUUAUGAAUGAAUGCAAACGCAUAAAAUAAUAUCAAAUAAUAUGUAGUCUUGAAAGAAAGAGGUCUUUUCUUUUCAGAGAACUACUACUUUUACACGUAAUCGCGGUCAAGGCGGCUAAUAAAAUAGCGAAAUUUAUAAGAUCGGCUCCCGGCGACGUUUCUAAAAUAACAUCAAAAAGAUAGAAUGACGCUGAUCAGUGCCGGAAUAUUCGGGUAUCAAUUAAUAUUAUUAGAUACUAAAAGUAGAAUCCUUUUAUAAAAUAGAAACUUAAUAUAAAAAUAUUCUAAAUUUAUACACAUUCCGUAGAUUCCCCGAAAACCCAUAUUAUAAAAAACUGAUGUAAAUGCAUUUUUUUUCUUUCAUUUCUAAUUAUCUUUUAUCAAUAUCUACAGACUCUAUUCCAACAGAACUCGUAACUAAAAAAUAAUCACGAAAUCUCGAGUCUUUGAUGAUAUAUGAGGUUAUUCUACGUACUUCCAUUUCAAACGUUCGCGAGUAAAAAUAAAAUUUAUCAUUUGGACAUUUUGCAAUCACAAAAUAAUUUCAAAAAGUGUCACGAAACAAUAUUACGUUAAAAUAUUUGUAACUAAACAAAAGUAAAUUACUCCUCUUGUCAAUCAAGAACUCCCUAUUUUGAGAAAGAGACGCACCGGAUGCAGAUGUAUCGUCGCGUCGACGUAACGAUACAGUCCUGGUGUCGCGGGAGCACGAGGGAUUACAAAAGAUUUAAAUAGUCACGAGGGCGAGUGAGAGAGAUAGGGAAAGAGAGACCUGCGGCGGUGGUUUCGUGACGCGCGAUGAAGAAGCGGACGAAGAAGAGGUAACUCGCGGUAGGGAUAAAGACUGCCGCAGUGAUGUAGCCACGCGUCGACUAGUUUCGCCCGGCGACUCUAAACGGCCGGCACGCUUUCCGCGGCCCGCGGAAGCUGUCAAACUCGCGGAGCGCGAUUCCGGAAGCGGGAAGCCAGGGUCCGGAAGCCCGAUUCAGUCCGGUGCACCGACGUUCGUCGUCGCUCGCGGCCUCGAGUGUGAUACGCGUCGGGCCUCGGCGUCGCGACGUCGCCACGCGGAGGCGCACAUCUGGCGCAGAAGCGCAUCUCGACGUUACGUAACGAGAAAGAGAAAGACAUCGAGACGGAGAUUGAACUGUGGCGAGGAAUUCGCGAAACUCCAAGUGCGCGGCAAAUUCGUGCGAAGAAAUAUGAGGAGUAAGAAAAUUCGAGGAAUCUAGACCGUGCUAUUUUUUGUCGUGCUAAUAAAAAAUAUGAUUGGCCAAUUUGGCGAGGAUCUACACUGUGACUGUCAGUGGCAUUUAUAAGUAUUCUAUUUAAAAUUAUCUCAAUUAAACUCACAAGUUUCUUUUUUAAUAAAAAAGAUGUACUUCGCAAUUAAAAAGUUAAAAGUAUCUUAAUUAAUUAAGUUCAAACAUAAUAAUCAGCUCGUUGCCAUUUCAUCAAGCAACGUUGAAAAACAAAACACCGUUCGUAAAGAGCAUCGCAGCUGUUCAUGGGAAGUACGUUGUCAUGGAAAGCACUUGGUCUGAUGAGGCGAAAAGAGCAUGACGAAUGUUGUUGCACGAUGUCGAUGCAGUUAACUGACAGGACAGUCGUGAAAAUAAGGACCGGCUACUUCGAGAAAUGGCUGUUUCCGUUCGCGAGUCUUUCCUAGAAUAAACCCGCGAAGAAUGACGUUCAGACGCGCCGUUAGCCAGCAACGGCUAUUUGUUGACGAAACGCUGAUGGAUUAUUUAAUGACUCGAUCAACGAAAUGACUCCUGACAUUCAAGCGCGCGUGACUCCAUUAGAGAGACGGUACGCAUACGUAGGUAAUGCGAAUUCGCUGUUGAUCUGACGAGGUCACGUGGGCCGCGAAACCGGGGGGAUUAGUCCCCCUCGGUAAGGUUAUCACAUGAGUGAAGCUCCGUGGCGCGCACAGAAAUGGAAGGAGCGGGAGAUGGGCACGAUGCAGAGGAGAGACAUGGGCAGGCGAACGAGGCGCGAUGGGAAGGAAAGCUCGUUCUCUUCGUCGUGGAAUACUGGUACGAACUCGUUUAAGAGUUUCGCUAAGGCAAUUUAACCCUUUAACUCUUAGCGUGCUGCCCUGACGAUGGACAAGCAUCUUCUUAAUGACCUUCUAAUGGCUUUUUUUUCUUUUACGAUUCGCACAUGGUGGCCUACUGCUGAGUUCAUUCAUUAACCAACAAGUGGGGAACAAGUUUGGCACUUCUGUCUCUCGGACGAUUAUUUACGUCAAAAAAUUUUUAUCGCUCGUUUGUUAUGCAGCUUAUAGUGCCAAAUUCCUUAAAUUUUAUGAGAUUAAUGCUUCUAAAUUAAAAAUGAUUGCAGUAUUUCUUAAUAUGAUUUUAAACGUGUAUAUCUGAGCACGUAUAUCUGAGACAAUGCAUACGAGAGUCAUAUUAAGAGACAAUAUACUUAAUACUCCAACGUUACGAAUUUUAAAACGCAAUCCGUGAUGCACUCUAAUAACGGAAUCGAAACGACCGACGUGACGGAAGCGGUAAACAUCGAAAAAGCGAGUGUUUAAAUUCGGAAAACGUCAUUAACGUGAACGAGACCAGCAAAGAGUCUCUCUUUUUCGCUUCUCUUUUUCCUCUGGCGUGAUACUUCGCGCAAGACAUUUUAUGAAAAAAGUUUUUAAUGCACCCUGUUUCCUCCCAAUCUCAUCUGCUUGUCGCCGACCCAACCCUUCCGCCGUAAAAAGGCAGGUGCGAUAAUGUCUACGGCGCACACAGAUAAAUGCGAUUUUCACUGAUAGAAUCUACGUGGCUACGCUUCGCUCUCGCUACAGCUAUCCCGCAAUAGCUGCGGGGAGAUACCAGUUUGUCAUGACGGUUCACGCAGCAGAGAAAUCUUUCGCGAGUGGGAGAAUUCUCAUAAAGGACAAUGUGCUAGACACAUUCGCGAAGACGACCGUUAUUAUCAUUCUCGCAGCGAUAUUGAAUCCCAAGGUUAGUCAAAGACGGGUUUUAUAACGCCGAAGUAACUUUACGAGAUCGUUUUCGCGGAAACUGUUCUUUUGUUCAAGUUCCUCCCUGUCAGAGUGAGGAAUUAAAACUCGAUCUUGCGCGUUCGUCAUUAAUUCGCUAUUUCGCUAACACGUAUUACUUGUAACAUAGGAUACGCACCGUUAAUAUUUUACGAAAAAUACAAUCGCUAUAUAUAGUGAGAUAUUGUAAUUAAAAAAUAUAUGAAAAGACAUUGCUUUUCUACGAUUCCGCGCUAUAUCCUUUAAUUAUCGAUAGCAAUGAAUCAUAUAUCAUAUAUCAUAUAUCUUAUUCCAUUAGCAAAAUUUAUCAAUAUUAUAAAAUAUUUUAGUUAUAAAAGUGUAUCAUAAUUAAUUGUGAACAUAAAACAAUCUCAACGAAAAAUAAUCUCUUUCGAAAUCUUUCCUAAACAAGAAUUUCAAGCUAUUCAAUAAAUUUUUUUUUAAAUUGAUGACGAUAUAGACAUCCUGUACUUCGAUAAUAGAAUUGUAAUUAAUGAAAACAAGCCACAAGAUCCGAUACAGCCUGGUACUGUAACUCAAAGGGCAGUAUUUUUGUACGACAGCAUAAUACAUAUGCUGGCGACAGCACGUGCAUCCUUUACGUGGUGCGAUGAACUUGCAAUCAAUGCGAAAGCACAUGUAAGAAGGACUCUGUAUCUCUCUUUCUCUACAUAUAUAUAUAUAUAUAUAUAUAUAUAUAUACACUUCACUAGCAAAAUUAAUCGAGAACUUUGACACGCUGCGACGGCGGACGCAUUCGCGAAAUUCCCAGAAACCCAAGCUGACAAUGCGAUCUUGACUAACAAUAAGCGCUGACGCGAAAGUAAUCCCGGGCACGCGACACGCUCAGAACUCGCUUCUCUCGCAGUGACACGAGAUUUUACGGUGGGGAUGCAACCCACUGCUGUUUUCCGAUUACGCCCGCAUCCGUAGAGUCUCGCACGAAGAAGAUGCGACACGACAGCGAGCAGUGAGGGAAAAUUUGUUUGAAAAGCAAAUAAGCAAAGAUGAAAACGUGUAAACUUAUUCUCAGUGCAUUACCGAAUUCGGAUUAUUACAUUACGUUAUGCAAUUCUGUGGUUUCGUUUAUAAUCAUCGAGACUUAUUUUCAACGUUUUGGUGAAAAAUUGCUUCAGAACAAGAAAUUUUGUGAUCUUAUAUGAGAGUAGUAAAUAAAAAUAUUAGUUACGUGUAAAAAAAAUAUUUUAUCUAGUGAAAUAAUGAUGAAGUGAUAUAAUAGUGCAAGUGUUUCAGAAAUAAAACUGAUGUCACUAUUCAGUCUUCUGGUUCCACUGCUGUUCAGGGAAAUUCGCACGAGAAAAAUGAAUGACGAUAGCCAGAACGAUAUUAAGAAAUUGCGCAGGGAGAACGAACAGCUACGUAGAGAAAUUUGGAGUCUCAGGGAUGAGUACGACAAACUUGAGGAUAUUUUGAAGAAACAGAAGAGCCGCAGCGAAAGCGAAGAGGAUCGCUCCGAGGAGGAUGACGGCUUGCAGUCGGACUUUUCCUGCGAGGAGGAAGACGAGGAGGAGUACGAAGAUAACGAGAAGACGGUCAAGGACUUCAACCAAGAAGAACAGCUAGAAAACGCGGAGAAUCAGAAGAUCUCUUCCGAAAAGAUGAGUAGCAAUGUGCAUCGACUUCACGUGGAGUUCGACGAUCUGUCGGUUGUCGACGAGGAGGAGGAACUGAAGAGAGAUAAGGAGAAGGAGGCGACAUCGGAGAAGAGCCAGGAAAACGAGGCCGUCGGGCAUCCACCCCCGCCAAUUCUCGGUCCCCGGCAACUUCACGAUAACAUCCCGUUUUAUCCGGCCACGUACGAGCCGACGAGUGGUUUCAGCGGAACCAGUUAUUACACCGAAUGCCCGUUCCCGAGUGCGGUGGAUUUAAUGCUAUCCACGGAUACGUCCGCAUUAUUGGCUUCACCAUACUCCGGAUUACAGUCUGAUCCAUUGAUCCCGCUGGCCAACCUAGACGCCGAGGGUCUGGAAGUGGCCGAUUCGAUGCUACCUCAAAUUCACCUCCCGCCGGUCGGUUGGCAGAACGACAUCUCUCAAAAACAUGUCCCUACUUAUAUGAGUAGCGUCGCUACUGCACAAUCAACAACAGGAACAGAAAAGCAAGAUUCGCACCCAAUAAUAGUUUCCUCGUUGGGAAGCUCGGUGCCACUGUCAAAUACUUUCAGCUUCUUGAGGAGGAGGAACGCAACGAGGCGCCCCACGAAACCUAAUGAAGCAUCAGCUUUUCAAGAUUCGCGAGCACAGUUUUCGUGUUUCGAAGAAGCAAUCGGUAGAAAUGUCUGGAAUGUGGAUUCACCUGGAUCUACCAUGAUAAAUGGAGAAAAGGAUAUUCAACAAAUUGAGAUGGUCGAGACCACCACAAUGCCUAAACACUUCUUCUCGCCACAGCCUUUUACAUUAAAAAAACAAGAGGAAGAAUCACCUACUGCCAGUAUAAGUCAUUUUGGAACCGGAACCAGUUCGAGUAGCGGCAAAACAGCUUCCACAGUCAUUUCUAGGACUAAUCCUUUCGUAGGAUUAAAAGGUUCGGCGGACAUUUAUGUAAACGGUGCAAUACCUUGCGAAGACGGUUCGAGAGAUAAAAAUGAUCCAAAGACAUUUUUGAGUAUAGAUAAUCUACUAAUUAAAGAUGGCAGAAGUAUUUUGGGUAAUCAGUUGACGAAAUCGGUGUCUUGCCAAGAUCUUUCAAGUGAUUCUCAAAGUAUUGCGCAAAAACUGAAUCAUGUUGAGUCUCAGACGCUCACAAAAAGCGAGAAUACUCUGGACAAUAUAAGUGGUUCCUCCAGUAAACCAUAUAAGAGUCAUCUAAACGUGACAUUAAAGAUACCACGAGCCGAGCAAGCACCGAGUCCAGAGACACCAGAAGUACCCAACUUACCCUCAAUAGAUUACCGUCUCCUUAGAAAUCCUUUUCUAAGAAACUUUGACAAGAUCUGUCCCAACUAUCAGGUAAAACCAAACCCUCCUCUCGCCAAGACGCCGCUCUCUAUUCAAGUAAACGAUGAUGGCCUCGCUUAUCCUAUGUCAGGUUACAAUCGAGGAGUUCACCUUAACGAGAGAUUUCGAGCUGCACACUUGCCGGAUCAGAGUCGACUGCUGAUACCUAGCGACCAAUUGAUGAACGGCAAGCAGGAUAUUCAAGUGACUUCCUUCGAGAGACCGAGUCCUUGUACCUUGAUACCUUCCACGCCUUACGAUCUUACGAGCUUGAGGAGGUUAAACGCAAAUCGAUAUUUGCAGAAUCAAAAUUUAUAUCAGAACGUUCCCUUCGCAUCGCGAGGACCUAGUCAAUUUUAUUCUCAGAGAUAUGGAAUGAUGUACUGCGAUAACGUUACGAAGGUACCAGCGCAAACGCAGACGUCGAUUGACGGCGACUCGCAUCAUGAGGACGAGGAAACAAUUAGCGCGCCGAAUUCGCCAAAUGGACAGAGACGAAAAAGGAUCAUGAAGAAAGACAAAUCUUUAAUUAAGGAACAAAAACCGUUAUCACCGAUAACACAAAGAAAAUUGAAGAAACAGAUCAGCGCCACGUCGACAGAUACGCUCGAUUCGCCCGCAAAAGUGACGCGAAAGAAACCGAGGAGAUUGAGCACGAUGCCACUUGACGCGCAAGAGAACAAGAACGAAAGUAGAUCGUCGUCUUCGGGACAGGACUCGCCACGUAAAGAUCAAAAUCGAAGAAUGUCUGUCAUCAAUGCUAAAAGACGAUCGUCUCAAGUAUCAUUGAAAACCUUGAGGGGUGGCAGUGUUGACGUCAAAGACAAGGUCGCGGAUGAUACCGCGUUGAAUUCGGAACGGGAAAGAACAAACUCGAUCAGUAGUCGGGAAAUUACUAACGUGAAAACUCGCAAGACUAGUACUAGUAGUGGUAAUGUGCCAUGGUGCGCGUGUUGGGGGAAUGGUUGCAUUUAAUCAAAGCUGCAUAUUCAAUCCCAUUCAGAGAUGACUAUAACAAAAAAAAAAAAAUAGAGUGAAUACAAAAACGAGAAGCGUUAGCUAAUUUUAAUCUCAAAGUAUUAAAUAUCAAUAGCAAUUACUUAAUUAAUGCAUUAACUAUACAAACAUUGUCAAUUAUUUUUGACGAUUUAUUUGUAAAAUUAAUUUCUUUGAAAAGAAAUUACCGAAUUAAUCUAUAUGCUUACUUAGAACAAUUUAAAAAAAUAUUAAAUCAUGUACUUUCAAAUCAGUGAUAUUUUUCGAAAUCGAAAAACUAAUGCGUCAUAUGCCCAUUGAUUUAUUCACAUCACCGAUACCACAUGAAUAUCUCAGUAGUAUGAUCUCAUAUGCAUCUCACAAAAUGUUAAAUGAGAAGCUAUCGCUUAAACUAGAUGCGGUGGCCUUUAUUUAUUUAAGACAGCUGCGAUUUGUGUCAACAGCGAGAUUCUUGCUACUUUCUAGUUCUCGAGUCGAGAGAGGGCCAGCUCGACUGAAUAAUUCGAAGGGCAAAUACCAAAGGGAAAUGCUGAUGGGCCGCGGAAUGAAUUCAGGAAGGAAGACCUUAACUUCCUAGUGUAAGGGAACCGCUAUUGUAGCCAGUAACGCAGGUCGUAAAACAAGCACAGACAGCGGUACUGUGGUGUUACUAACGCUGUCACAACGGGAUGACAGUUGUAUCUAAACUAGUUCUGCCAAGAGGCCAGGAAGACAAGCCUGCAUCCGCUCUUAAGGCAAAUUUAUACUGGGGUUAGCAAGCGCAAGCUUGUCUUAAGCACGCAUGCGAAUAAUAGUAUACAUUCUCGAAUUAUAUAACUCCUAGUGGCGAUUAUCUACGAUUAGAUUUCUCAAACAAUACAAUUUAAAGUAUACUUAAAUACAUACUUUUAAACUGUUACAUUGUUAUGUUUUAUAUUAAUUAGAUCUUGUUUCAAACAUGUACGUAAUUUAAAAUCAAAACAAUUUAUUGUAAAAACUUUUGUUACAACAGAUGUUGUUUACCGUUAAUUAUCGUGCGUUAAUUAUUAGUUAUAAAAGUAUUAUUUUAUUGUAUACAUAUACAAUGCCGUUAAACUAAACAAAAUACUAUACAAAAUAUCAUUUCUAGGCACCCAUUAUAAUUAUCUAUUUUCUUGCAUUUCAAUAUUUUUGUUUAUUUUUAAAAAACUAUAAAAAGAGAUUAUAUUAA